GCGCCAUUAUUCUUCUUCUCCUCCACCGACUCUAGAUCUGUUACUUUUUUUUUCCAUCCUUAACCAUGCUUCAGUAGAAGAAAAUGCUAUUGGGAAGUGCUUCAACGAGAUACUUAAGCAUCUCGUGUAAGCUGCAGAAAUCAUACAGCCCAUUGUAAGCUCAGGUACUAUGAACCUUCGCCUCUCCUUCCUUCCCAAAAUGAUGAAGGUACGCACCGACACGAGGAAGUUCUACCAUCAGCUUUGGCUUUCCUGAUCAGUUGAUGCAAUGGCCCAUCCAUCCGCUUGAACAGAGGUCCGACGAACCUUGUUUCGGCGCAGUGGAGUCCAUACGCUAGGUACACAAUGUGCUCCACGAGCUCAAAGUAGUCAGGGUGGAAUGGCCCAUAGCCGGCGUUCGUUUUUGGUAGUGGGCAAAGCAGUUGGGGGUAUAACACACUGCUGGACGCAUGCAUCAAGACAUGGAAAUGAACAUGGACAACUUGACUGUUGUUCCUUCUCCAUUCCCGGUUACUGGUGUCGAUCUCGGAGCCGGCUCUGGAGACAUUGACGCUAUCUUCCCAUCUGUGGCGGACAACACCUCCGCCCUUCAUUCUGCACACUCUUUUGGAUCCAAAUUUCCCAGUAAUGACAACAACAACCGCCAUUUCGCCUCAUCGCUUCCCCUGAUUCAGUUCAAUACUGGUCCGAGCCUCUCUCGGAAAUAUCUUAAAGAAAUCGACCCCACGCAUCCAGUCAACAAAUCCGGUAACGUUACUGGUGACACUGGGCUCUCAUAUACCCCGGAGCUUCUCAAGCUGCAUCAAUGGCUGUGGUCGCUCCCUGACGAACAGGUUUGGAGUCGAUUUUGCGGGGUAGAUAUGCUUGUUGACGAUAGCUGGAGAGUCUGGGUGCGACGACUGAUGGCAUGUACACGACCGCUGAUGCCGCCGGAUGGGGUUGGGCAAGCUAACGCCGUUCCCGAUCUUCCACUCUUGGUUCCUACUGUCGAUCCGUACUCAGACAUCACCCCGAGUAAUGUCGAAUUUGACAUGAACAAUGUCGUUGAUGGGGCCCAAGGAGAUACACUACCCACAACCGUGGAUCCAAGGCUUACCCAACUCGAUUUUGUCAAUAGUCAGGCCUUCCGCAAUGCGUCCCCAAGGUGUGACACGUUUGACGAUAAUGAAUCUUGCCCAGGACCGAGCAUGAAUAACCUUGAUACCCGCAGCACCGACAUGGUGAUCUCCUCGCCUUCGACUUUGGUUGACUCGAUCAACUCCACGCCGUCCACCGUUACCGUAGUGGAUUACUUUAGUCCUUCUAGCGAGCCUGAUGAAGACGAGAAGGUUAGUACUGCGUUCGAACGAAACGUACACUCAACUUCUGGCCACCCUUCGCUUGGAUACCACGAUACCGGUACAGGCGUUGGUAUCUUCUUUCCGGUUGACUUUCUGUCGCCGUCCGUGGAUGAGAAUCAGUAUCCCUCGAAGGAAAGAGUGGGAGUUGUUGAUGUUGAUACUAGUACAAAGACGGAUGACAUAAGUGAUCCUUCGGUAGAGAGCAGUGCGAGUGUUCAGGAGCUUCCGGAAAUUCCUCGAGGUGCCGUUCCGUCCAACACGGCCUUCACUUGGAUAGAGCCUUCUUUAGGCCCCAUCCGAACCCCAAAGUGCCACCGAAGUCACCUUCAACGCCAAAGCAAAUCAUGUCACCCACGAUCUGCUUCCAUGUCCUCCUUCUCGUUUGACUCAGACUCCGACUCGGUAGACAAUUCACAAUCAUACUCCCAACCAAACUCCGACGACUACACCGUCUUCUUCAGCUCGCCUCCCGUAUGUGGAUGGACAACAGACGGAAACAACAACCCACUCCCCGCACCCUGCUCCUACACUUUCACAACCCCAACCACCCCCUCCACCCUCCUCUCCGAACUCGAAACCCACCUGACAUCCAAUCACCUCCCGUCCUUCCGCUCUGACAUGCAGACAAACUCUCGUGGUAGAAUCAGUUGUGCAUGGAAGGGGUGUAUGAAUCCAAAAGUGGUGUAUCCGGGUUUGUUCAUGCAUCUCCGAGUGCAACAUUUGGAGAUCAAGUGGAGGUGUGAGAGGUGUGGGGGUGUGGUCCAGAAGGGGAAUGAGAAAGCGAGGCAUAGGCAGCCUAUGAGUUCGGGGUCGUCGAGGUGUGAUGUGCUGAGGAGACAGGGUGGAGGAGGGAACUAGGGACUAGAUGACCUUGACCGGAACGACCGUGAAUGGAGUGAAAGCAGAUUCAUUCCGGAAUUUCUGGGCAGACGAGUUCCGAAAUGACCUCGGUAUGUCGUUUGAAAGUUCCGUGAUAAGCUUUCGUGGUUUCAUAUAAAAAACAUGUAUUUCACCACUAAAAUGAAUAAGUAGAACUAUGUGUUUGUAUGUUCGAAUAUGCAGUUUUUGGUUUAAAUAUAUAUAAAUAGUAACCCG